UGGAAAUAGAGUAUUUCGAGCAAUUCUCCGUAGUUAUGCAACACAAAUACGGCUGCAAUUGCUGUCGGUGGAGUGAAGUCUUGCUAUUUUUUCAUUUUUUGCGCUUAGACUCAGCUCAGUUGGCAGCUCUAAUGUCGCUUUCACUUCUUCCAUGCCUCUUUCCCAGCUUAUAUUAUUGUAAAACUUGUUGUUUAGUGCUCCACAAAAUAAUGGAUUAAUGCCUUAUUGGCAAGCUGUAUUUGAUAGCGAUUCCCCGAUAUCUUUCUCCAGCUACGUACAGCUUGUAGGUUUAUAAAUACGUGCACUAAAACCAUUUUUGGAAUUUGUCGGUUCCCUCACUUUGGUGUCGUGCUGGAUCUGGUUUCUCUUUCACAUUGCGUUCGAUCUUCUAUCUCGUCCCCUUUGUGAGUUUCUUUUCAGAAAUUGAAUGUUUUCGUGGAUGAUCCGGUGGAUGAAAUGAUAAUUUAAUUGCUAAUAGAUUUUUGAAGGGAUUGGGGUCACGCUCAGAUCUUGAGGUGAGCUCUAAUUCGGAGAUCAGUGUAAAGUUUGUCUACUGUGGUUGAUUCAAAUUUCUGGAGGAAAACGUGUCAUUUUAAGUUACCACUUAGCUGGUAGUUGAGAUCUGCAGAUCAGUUUAAUUCUAGCCAAGUUGCGUGUGCAGUGACAGAUUGGAAGGAAGGGAAGAGUCCGCUUCUUCGUCAAGAGCUUUUGAAGGUGUGUGGCAUUGGAUGGUGCAUUUAGUAAGGCUGAACCACUUCACAGUUCUAUAGUGCAUAUCAAAGCAAGCUGGAAAUGGAUUCUGAAGGAGAAAUCAAGGGGAAGUCCUUGAAGACUUUGGGAGGUCAGGUCUGCCAGAUUUGUGGUGAUGGUGUUGGCACAGCUAUAAAUGGGGAGCCAUUUGUUGCCUGUGAUGUCUGCUCCUUUCCUGUGUGCAGGCCAUGCUAUGAAUAUGAAAGGAAGGAUGGGAAUCAGUCUUGUCCCCAAUGCAAAACCAGAUACAAGAGGCAUAAAGGAAGUCCUGCAAUACUCGGUGAAAAGGAAGAUGAUGGUGAUAUUGACGAUGGUGCGAGUGAUCUUCAGUAUGCUUCUGAAAAUCAAAAUGAGAAACAGAAGAUUGAAGAGCGUAUGCUGAGUUGGCACAUGACUUACGGACGUGAAGAUAAUGGGCGUUCGAAAUAUGACAAGGACGUGUCACACAACCAUAUUCCUUUGCUCACAAAUGGAACAUACGUUUCUGGAGAACUAUCUGUUGCAUCACCCGAGCGUCUUUCAGUGGCAUCUCCUGGUCCUGGUGGUGGGAUAAAACGCAUACCAUAUUCAAGUUUUGCAAACCAAUCUCCCAAUAUUAGGGUUGUUGAUCCAGUGAGGGAGUUCGGAUCUCCUGGACUGGGUAAUGUUGCAUGGAAGGAAAGAGUGGAUGGUUGGAAGAUGAAGCAAGAGAAGAAUGGUAUUCCAAUGACUACUAGUCACCCACCUUCUGAAAGAGGUGGAGAUAUUGACACCAACACAGAUAUACUCGUGGAUGAUUCCUUACUGAAUGAUGAAGCUCGACAGCCUCUUUCAAGGAAGGUUUCAAUCCCGUCAUCAAGGAUAAAUCCUUAUAGGAUGGUCAUUGUCCUCCGGCUUGUUGUUCUAUGCAUUUUCUUGCAUUAUCGACUUACGAACCCGGUUCCCAAUGCAUUUUCUCUCUGGCUAAUAUCAGUGAUAUGUGAGAUUUGGUUUGCGGUAUCCUGGAUUCUUGAUCAGUUCCCAAAGUGGCUGCCAAUAAACCGUGAAACAUAUCUUGAUAGACUUGCUCUCAGAUAUGACCGAGAAGGAGAGCCAUCACAACUGGCUGCUGUUGAUAUAUUUGUCAGUACUGUUGACCCUUUAAAGGAGCCUCCUCUUGUGACAGCAAAUACUGUUCUAUCAAUUCUUGCAGUGGAUUACCCUAUUGAUAAAGUCUCUUGCUAUGUCUCUGAUGAUGGUGCUGCAAUGUUGACAUUUGAAGCCCUAUCUGAAACAGCUGAAUUUGCAAGGAAAUGGGUUCCUUUCUGCAAGAAGUACAACAUUGAGCCCAGAGCUCCAGAAUGGUACUUUGCUCAAAAGAUUGACUACUUGAAGGAUAAAGUUCAGCCAUCAUUUGUGAAAGAUCGCAGGGCAAUGAAGAGAGAAUAUGAAGAGUUCAAGAUACAUAUCAAUUCUCUUGUUGCGAAGGCCACAAAGGUCCCUGAAGAAGGAUGGAUAAUGCAAGAUGGCACGCCAUGGCCGGGAAACAACACCAGGGAUCAUCCAGGAAUGAUUCAGGUCUUCUUGGGUCAAAGUGGAGGUCUUGAUACUGAUGGUAAUGAGCUGCCUCGAUUAGUCUAUGUUUCUCGUGAGAAACGUCCAGGUUUUCAACAUCACAAGAAAGCUGGUGCUAUGAAUGCUCUUGUUCGUGUAUCAGCAGUUCUUACUAAUGGGCCCUUCCUAUUGAAUCUUGAUUGUGAUCAUUACAUAAACAACAGCAAAGCUUUAAGGGAAGCAAUGUGCUUUAUGAUGGAUCCUAAUCUUGGAAAAUAUGUCUGCUAUGUUCAGUUUCCCCAGAGAUUUGAUGGUAUUGAUAGAAAUGAUCGAUACGCCAAUCGUAACACUGUUUUCUUUGAUAUGAACUUGAGAGGUUUGGAUGGCAUUCAAGGACCUGUCUAUGUGGGCACUGGAUGUGUCUUCAACAGAACUGCAUUAUAUGGUUAUGAACCUCCAAUCAAGCCUAAGCAUAAGAAACCAGGCAUGCUGUCUUCCCUUUGUGGUGGGUCUAGGAAGAAAAGUUCUCAGUCAAGUAAGAAGGGCUCAGACAAGAAGAAAGCUAGCAAGCACCUGGAUCCCACUGUGCCUGUAUUUAACUUAGAAGAUAUUGAGGAAGGAGUCGAAGGGGCUGGAUUUGAUGACGAGAAAUCACUGCUCAUGUCUCAAGUGAGCCUUGAAAAAAGAUUUGGUCAGUCUGCCGUUUUUGUUGCAUCCACGCUUAUGGAGAAUGGUGGUGUUCCUCAGUCUGCUACUCCUGAGAAUCUCCUCAAAGAGGCAAUUCAUGUUAUCAGUUGUGGGUAUGAAGACAAAACAGAAUGGGGAAGUGAGAUAGGAUGGAUAUAUGGUUCUGUCACAGAAGAUAUCCUUACAGGGUUCAAAAUGCAUGCCCGUGGCUGGCGAUCAAUUUAUUGCAUGCCUAAAAGACCUGCCUUUAAAGGGUCUGCUCCUAUUAAUCUUUCAGACCGUUUGAACCAAGUGCUUCGAUGGGCUUUGGGGUCUGUGGAAAUUCUUUUCAGCAGACACUGUCCUAUAUGGUAUGGCUACACUGGAAGGUUGAAGUGGCUAGAGAGAUUAUCCUAUAUCAACACAACCAUUUAUCCCAUCACUUCUAUCCCUCUUCUUUUUUACUGCACUCUUCCUGCUGUCUGUCUACUUACUGGGAAGUUUAUCAUUCCACAGAUCAGUAACCUUGCCAGUAUCUGGUUUAUAUCUCUCUUUCUAUCCAUCUUUGCCACCGGCAUACUUGAGAUGAGAUGGAGUGGUGUUGGAAUUGAUGAAUGGUGGAGAAAUGAACAGUUUUGGGUUAUCGGGGGUGUUUCGGCCCACUUAUUUGCAGUCGUCCAGGGGUUACUCAAAGUGCUCGCUGGAAUCGACACCAACUUUACUGUCACCUCUAAGGCAUCAGACGAAGACGGGGACUUUGCAGAGCUGUACCUGUUCAAGUGGACGACAUUGCUGAUACCACCCACCACUAUCCUUGUCAUAAACUUGGUGGGUGUUGUUGCGGGUAUCUCUUACGCCAUCAACAGCGGUUACCAGACCUGGGGGCCUCUCUUUGGGAAGCUCUUCUUUGCCUUCUGGGUCAUUGUUCACCUCUACCCUUUCCUCAAAGGUCUCAUGGGGCGUCAAAAUCGCACCCCCACCAUUGUUGUGGUGUGGUCUAUUCUGCUCGCCUCUAUUUUCUCUUUGCUUUGGGUCCGAAUCGACCCCUUCACCUCCAGGGUUACUGGCCCAGAUGUCCAGGAAUGUGGUAUUAAUUGCUAGUAGUUUACUUUAAUCGCAGGACAACAUACAUAUACGCUAAAAGUAUGUCAGUAACAAUGAUCUGAUGAUCGUCUUAUAGGAAUUUUCCGUUUUUCCUACACCCUCUGCUGAAUUUUCUUAUAUUCAUGUGUAAUUUUCAUGUCUGAGAGUGAAACACUUCUAUAUAUAUAAUACAGUGUGCGUAUUCAUUCAUUCAUAACGUUUCCGUUAAAAGUGUAAUAAUGACUAUUACCAGACCCUAGGAUUGCAAAUGAAUUAUAGUUGUUGGUCUUUCUUGCAUUCUUAGCUC